AUGCAACAAGAGCCUCUUGCGAUUCCAGCACCUGUGACUCAUCCCGGCGUUCCCUCAACCUCCUCCUCCUCUCAGCAUGGCCCCAUUCACCGCGAACCCAACGGCCUCGAUCGACUCCGCUCUGGCGGCUCGAGCGGCGGUUCCCAGUACUCCAGCCCUGCGUCGCGGCGUGACUCCCACCAUGACGUGGAUGUUGAGCUGCUCGACGAGGAGCUACGCGGACUGAGUCUGGGCGAACACGCCCCUGCCCCUGGCUACCGAAUCUCCGAGUAUGAGAAUGCCAUGACACCACCCACACCGAAACGGGCUCUCGGAUUCAAAGUCAUCAAGCGCUCUGAACCGCUGUCCGAUGGUGUGCAACUCGAGGACUUCCCCAAUGAGAUUCUGACACAGAUUCUGUCGCACCUCCACUCCGACUCCCAUGCCGCGAUCGCCCUGGUAUCGAAGCGCUUCUACGCGCUGAUAACCAGCUCCCAUGCGUGGAGAAUGGCCUUCCUGCGAUACUUCCCAGGACACGAGGCCCUGGAAACCAAGAUAAAUACAGACCUGUGGGCCGACGCAUCGUCCGAUUUUGUUCGGUCCGAAGCUCGCUACUUUUCUCGUCUCACACCCCUUGCGUCGUGGAGAAAAGAGUAUUUGCUCAGAACCCGCCUGCUCCGGAGUCUGGCUCGUGGAAAGCCCGGAUCGUCUGGGAUUGUUGGGUCAUCCGUCCGAGGUGGGAAGAAACUCAGCGCAGUUUUGACGUACAAUUCCAAACUGCCUUGGGCCGUGACCAACAUCCACGCCGUCUUCUCGAACGGGAAUAAGCCGCCGAGAGCCAUUCACGGCGCAUCCGAUCUUGGUGCUGGAACCAUCAGCGAUCCUACGAGCGGAAAGAUUGAGAAAUGGGGCCUCACGGACCCAUUUUCUUCCAUGCAAUUGGAUGAGGUCUUCCCUGGCCUCGUGCCGUAUGGGCUUGGCGAGGGUCCUGCUGCCACACCCAAUGUCAUGGAUGUAAGCCAACCAUACGGCAUUCUUGCCGGCGAAGGGUUCCCAGGCGGCCGAGCCUAUUAUCGACCCGUCCAAGAGAACCGUGGACGCUAUCUGGAUGCGGACACGGGCGUCGUCGAUACCUAUCCUGACAUACCGAAGAUCCCCGAGAUGUCAGAGGCAAUUUGUAGUGCUUGGCUUGCCAAGUCAUCUGCUGUGCCAUUGAACACCCAGUCGAUGGUAGGCAUGCUCACUGGCUCUACCCUUGGUAUAGUCACAUCGUAUGCCAUCGUGUGUGACUCGAAUAGUCCACGACACUCAACUGGAGAAAUCACUGCUCGAUGGGUCCUGAGCCCGGGUGUGCCCAUCAUUGCUCUUAAAGUUGAUGAAAACUACAGCCAGAAGCGAAGGUCUGCGGCCCGCGUUUGGGCAGUGGCCUUAAAUGCCCUCGGUGAAGUUUACUACUUGACCGAGGUUCCUGCCAGCUCGCACACUCGUCACAAGGGUGAAGACAUCACUAAGAAUGCGUGGUAUGCUGGCCGCUCAGUCUACUGGCACCUCUUAGAAUCGACUCGACGUGUUGCACGCCCAGACGAUUUGGACAAGAACGUAAUCAGAGGUGCAUACUCGCCUCGAUCCCCCUCGAAUUCUAUGAAUCUGAGCAAAAGCCAAAUGGUCGCUGAGGCUCGAGAGAUCGAGAAGUUCUUGCGCCACAAGCCGGCUCACUUUAGACGAGUUUGCGACGGAUGGGAUAUGCUGCGCAGGCUGGAGGUGGAUUUCGCCAGCGACGACGGCAACGGUGCUGGGGAGAACAUCUUUGUAAUUGACUGUGGGCUUGUUGAAGACCGCCCUGCCCGUGUCCAGCGGUACUCACGAACUCUUGUACCUCAGGAGCAAGCUCAAGCCGUCCUGGUCGAUACGCCAUCGCCGCCUCAACCUGGGCCAUCCCUCUUCGGAUCCGUUGACACUACCUCUGUUGAGGAUCCCAAGAUCAUUAAGGCUCCCGAGCUGUCGCCGCCUGAGCCAUGGCCCCCCACAGCAACGCCAUCCUCGGAUGUCUUGGCCCCUCUCCACGAGUGGGAUAGUUGCACCAUGGGGCUCAAAGGCCAAGAUUUUGCUGCUAUCACCAGUAGCGCAUUGGAUUCCUCCUCCAAUGCUCUGCUGACGCUGGUAGAGGACCCGCUCUUCGCAGUCGAGGAAGAAAUCCCCGGUCGCAGAUCUCGACUUCUCGCUGUUGGAACCGACAACGGUGCUGUUCUCGUCUGGAACGGCCGCUCAGAAACAAAAGACACUGGUAUCAACCCACAACGGUACAUACAGACAGAGUCACCAGAAGUCUCUUGCCUAGCGCUCACCGGCUUGUACCUUGUCCAUGGCGGAAGCGAUGGUCUUGUCCAAGCUUGGGACCCUCUCGCCUCAACCCUGGAUCCUAUUCGAACAGUUAAUGCUCGAUCCAACGGUCGAGUGCCUCGGCACAUGACAACGAUGAAUCCUGGUCUUGACGAGGAUACCUACGCUGCGGUCGGCGCAAUCUAUCUUGACUCUGAUUCGACUGUCUUACGUGGUGUCGUUUCCUUUGGCGCGUUCUUGCGGUAUUGGGCGUAUAGCUCUACGAGCCACUCAACGGGACGCAAGCGCCGCCUAAAGCAUUCUGACAUUCACGGCCGACUGGCGAGUCGUCGCCAGGGUGGCGAUGUCUCGGAUUACAUUGCUGCGGAGGAAGCCGAACUUCGGCACGAGGAAGAGCACAUGGCCCGUGAACAAGCUCGUCUGCGUAGUCGGUUUGGAGUGGGAGCUCUCGGCGAUUUGACGGAAGAAGAAGCCAUUCGGUACGCGCAGAUGGUUUCUGAAGAGACCUUCCUCGACGAGCAGCGCCGAACGAGUGACUCGGCUGCUGAUGCUAGCCUGGACACGGCGUCUACGUUUAGCGGAACAACGGUUGAUACCCUCACGCCUGAGCCAAGUGUCGCAGACACGACGCCCCCGACAAGCACUACUGCAGAUGUUGCCCCGCCUACGGAAGCUGAAGAUGAUUAUGAGCAGCAGAUUCAACAGGCUAUUCGACUCUCUCUCAUGGAAGGUGUCAAUGAAACCGACAGUUUCCAGUCUCCUCGGGGCAACAGCUCUGGCGAAUAUGAGUUUGCUGUCACGUACAAGACCAAACCUAGCAAGAAGAACAAGAAUUCUGGGUCGGGCUCGCCACGUGCCCAACAAGCUCCCAUUGCUGGAUCGUCGACUCUCAUCGGACAAUACGACGACGACCUUGAACUCGCUCUGAAGCUCAGCAUGGCAGACCAAGGUCCCUCGGCGUCGGACAUUGGCCUGGACGGUCCACAGGACGAGUUCCCCCCACUAGAGACGGAGGGCGUUGGCAAAGGGAAGGGAGUGCAAAGGUGGUGA